GCCUGAGCCUCGGGCAAGGGGGCGGAAAGAAAGGAAAGGCGGCUGCGUUUCCUCCUCCUCCUCCUCCUCCUGACGCUUCGCCCCGCUCCUGGCGACACUGGGCACAUCCGGGGCUUUCCUUCUUCGGCGGCUGCCGCCGCCGCCGUUGCUGCUCCUGCUUCUCUGAGCCGCGUCCAGCCCGACUCCAUUAGCGGGUCUUUUCCCCUCCCUUCUACCCGCCCUUUCCCUGUCCCCCGGCUUCCUUUCCUUCCCGACGCCGACGCCGACGCCGUCCCCGGCAGGGAGGGCCCCCGGGAAGGCAAGCACCCUCCGCCGCCGCCGCCGAGCCCUCGGAGUCCCCACGGGGUCAUGUCCAACCAAGGGGCCCGGAGGAACGGGCCCGUCAAGCUACGCCUGACAGUUCUCUGUGCAAAAAAUUUGGUGAAAAAGGAUUUUUUCCGGCUUCCUGAUCCAUUUGCUAAAGUGGUGGUUGACGGAUCUGGCCAGUGCCAUUCUACAGAUACUGUGAAGAAUACCCUUGAUCCAAAGUGGAAUCAGCAUUAUGACUUAUACAUUGGAAAGUCAGAUUCAAUAACAAUCAGCGUAUGGAAUCACAAGAAAAUCCAUAAAAAGCAGGGAGCCGGUUUUCUGGGUUGUGUGAGACUUCUUUCCAAUGUUAUCAACCGCCUUAAAGACACUGGUUAUCAGAGGUUGGAUCUGUGCAAACUUGGGCCAAAUGACAAUGAUACUGUUAGAGGACAGAUAGUAGUAAGUCUUCAGUCCAGAGACAGAAUAGGAACGGGAGGGCAAGUUGUGGACUGCAGUAGACUGUUUGACAAUGAUUUACCUGAUGGUUGGGAAGAAAGGAGGACAGCAUCUGGAAGAAUUCAGUACUUAAAUCAUAUUACACGAACAACACAGUGGGAGCGGCCAACACGGCCAGCUUCAGAAUAUUCCAGUCCUGGUCGACCGCUGAGCUGUUUUGUGGAUGAAAACACACCCAUUACAGGAAUUAAUGGUGCAACAUGUGGACAGUCAUCAGACCCCAGGCUAGCAGAAAGAAGAGUGAGAUCUCAGAGGCACAGAAAUUAUAUGAGCAGAACCCAUUUACAUACCCCUCCAGACUUACCCGAAGGAUAUGAGCAAAGGACAACUCAGCAGGGACAGGUGUAUUUUCUACAUACUCAGACCGGUGUAAGCACAUGGCACGACCCUCGUGUACCUAGGGAUCUUAGCAACAUCAAUUGCGAAGAGCUUGGUCCUUUGCCUCCUGGAUGGGAGAUCCGUAAUACAGCAACUGGCAGAGUUUAUUUUGUUGACCAUAACAACAGAACAACGCAAUUUACGGACCCACGGCUAUCAGCUAACUUGCACUUGGUUCUCAACCGCCAGAAUCAGCUGAAAGAUCAACAGCAGCAGCAGCAGCAACAACAGGUGGUGUCACUAUGCCAGCUUCCCGAUGAGGCCGAGUGUUUGACUGUGCCAAGGUACAAGCGGGACCUCGUGCAAAAGCUCAAGAUUCUGAGGCAGGAACUCUCCCAGCAGCAGCCCCAAGCUGGACACUGUCGCAUAGAAGUCUCCAGGGAAGAAAUUUUUGAGGAGUCUUACAGGCAAGUAAUGAAGAUGAGGCCGAAAGAUCUAUGGAAGAGACUAAUGAUAAAAUUUCGUGGAGAAGAAGGCCUUGAUUAUGGAGGAGUUGCCAGGGAAUGGCUGUAUCUACUAUCUCAUGAAAUGCUGAAUCCAUAUUAUGGCCUCUUUCAAUAUUCACGUGAUGACAUAUAUACACUACAGAUAAACCCCGAUUCUGCUGUUAACCCGGAACACUUAUCGUACUUCCACUUUGUUGGGCGGAUCAUGGGGAUGGCUGUGUUUCAUGGACAUUACAUUGAUGGGGGCUUCACAUUGCCUUUUUAUAAGCAGUUGCUGGGAAAGCCAAUUACAUUGGAUGACAUGGAAUUAGUUGACCCAGAUCUUCACAACAGCUUAGUAUGGAUACUUGAGAAUGAUAUUACAGGAGUAUUGGAUCAUACAUUUUGUGUGGAACAUAAUGCUUAUGGUGAAAUUAUACAGCAUGAACUUAAACCGAAUGGUAAAAGCAUUCCUGUCACAGAGGAGAAUAAAAAGGAAUAUGUCAGGCUUUAUGUAAACUGGCGAUUUUUACGAGGGAUUGAAGCUCAGUUUCUGGCUCUGCAGAAGGGAUUUAAUGAAGUAAUCCCACAACAUCUGCUGAAGACAUUUGAUGAGAAGGAGCUAGAGCUCAUCAUUUGUGGCCUUGGGAAGAUAGAUGUCAAUGACUGGAAAGCCAACACCAGAUUAAAACACUGCACACCAGACAGCAACAUUGUGAAAUGGUUCUGGAAAGCCGUGGAGCUCUUUGAUGAAGAGAGAAGAGCCCGGUUGCUGCAGUUUGUGACUGGGUCGUCCAGAGUGCCUCUGCAGGGUUUCAAAGCAUUACAAGGUGCUGCUGGCCCACGACUAUUUACAAUUCACCAGAUUGAUGCUAGUACGAAUAACCUGCCAAAAGCCCACACAUGCUUCAAUCGAAUAGACAUUCCUCCUUACGAAAGCUAUGAGAAGCUCUAUGAAAAGCUGCUAACCGCCAUUGAAGAAACAUGUGGGUUUGCUGUGGAAUGAACAUUUGCAGACUUACUUGGAACUGUAUUUAUACUCCAUCAAGCAGAAAAACCUCCCUUCCGCCAUGACACAGUAAAUGCUUGAAACAUAGGAACUUCUCUUCCCUUUUUCAGCUUUAGGACAAUAUGAGGGAAAGGACAAUUUUUGGAAUUCUUCAUUCAAGAAAAUGUCCUGUGGCUCCCGCCAAGGAAAUUCAGCUGCUAUUUUUAAAAGAACUAAUAUCUUGAAGAUACAGAAUGCUGACUUUUCCUUCAUUUCAACAGUUAAGCAGUAUUCUUCUCUUAAAAAGACGACUACUAUUUUUGUAAAAGAAGAUCUGAUCUAUUUGCCUACCUGAUUUCUAUUCUCACAGGUCCAAUAUACAGCUGUGUCGGUACAAGUCUUGUUCCAGCCUACUUGCUUAAAUACAUGAUACUGAACAGCAACUAUGCCUGCUAUUUUUUUAAAUAAAAUAUUUUGAUUAUUCUAAUUUUUCCAUAAUAUUGGCAAAAGAAAUCACAGACCUUUUAAACUAAGGCCACUUAACAUACAAACUGUUUUUCUUAUAGCAAAUGAUUAUAUUCUGGUGUUCUGACUUCAGUGUUCUUUGUGUAAGAAUUUUUAUAUUUCUCAAGCAUGAAUUACAGGUUUUGGGGUCCUGUUUUUAUCUUGUCAAAUUCUUUAGCAGAAUCCUAAUCUGAGUUAACCUGCACUGCAUUUGGUACAGUACUUUGUGGUAAAUGUCAAGAGCCCUUUUAAAAGAUUAUAGGCAUUUAGCUUUUUUAAAGGAGCAUUUUUGUAAAAAGUUAAUACUUGAGGGUUUUUUUAAUUUGCUUUCCAUUUUAAAUGGAACUGCUGCAUUUUUAAAAUUCCCAAAUGUAUGUUGAUGAUAUCAACUGCCUUCUGCCAAUCCAUCAAUCAAUUCAUAUUUCAAAAUACUCUGUGGAUGUCAUACCAACCAAAGUUGUGUUUUUUAUAAAUUAGAUACAGACACUCUGCAUUUUGUAUUAAUUGUUGCUAAAUAAUCGUACCAGGUUAAAAAUGUCUUCAUUUUUAACUGCUUGUGAUGUAUGGGCUUGCAUUAGCUACAGCUGAGAGGAAAAAUGAUGCAAGGGAUGCAGAAAAUUGUAAAAGUUCCACCUUUAUCUGAAAUCCAUAUAUGUCUGAUAAAAAGCAGGCUGAGACAGAGAAUAAGUCAUUCCUUUAAUAAAAGUAAUUAUAUACAGAAAAAUUAGCAUAUAUAGGAGCAUUCAGUUGGAAUAAAAAUACACUUUUGCUGAUGGCUAUGUGAGAAAUCUUCUCAAAUAGCUAUAAAUUUUGCAGACUUGUACCUUGCAUAUAGCUUAUAUACAUAAGCUCCCCUUGUAAUUGUGUGUGGGUAUACUGCAAAAAGUGUAAUUCUUGUUACGCAAUUUCAUGCUGACUGUACUGGUGUGUGCUCUUAAUUAAUGCUUGUAUCUCUCUGUAAUUGCAUGUAUCCACCUACCUGUACAGCAAAAAGAAAUGAAAGUUUGCAUGUGGGACUUAGAGACUAAAUUCAUUGUUAGACCCACAUAAGAGUCUACUUGUUGAAAUCAUUGCAGUGGAAGUUAGUUAUGGCUAGCAAGUUUCAUUCAUUCAGUCGGUCUCCUCUAAAUGGGACUAACAAGAUUUAGCUCUAGGCCUUAACAAUGUCAAGAACUUUGUUCUGUUGAACUGUGAGUAUAGUUCAUUUUUCUUCUCAGAAGCGAGGAAUAGCAAGCUUUGUAAGGCAAGUAAUUCUUUUUCUGUGGUGAUGAUAGAUAACCAAGAUUACCAAGGAUAUUGACAUAGGUUGGAAAGCAGAACUACAGCCUUGCUGAUUUUGUCCAGGAUAGAAACUUUCUUCAAAUAACUGUCUAGAAGAGCCAGGAGAGGAAGCAAGAGGGCUUAAGUAUGUUCACUAGGGAGUAGAUUGCCUUUUCAAGCACCUUACAGAUGUGGAUGUCCUGUAAUGUAUGUAACAUCAGCUGUAGGCAAUAAUUGCCGUAGGCAAUUAGGAGUAUGAUGCCACUGUACAAAUUAGGUAGCUGUAGAAAACCAGGUGGUGGUGAUCGAUGGACAGUUUGUGACUGUGCCAUUGAACACUGGGAAAAGCAAGAUGCGGAAUUAAUUUUCCCCCGCCCAUGGCCUAUACUCAAAACUAUCAAAUAAAUGCACUGUGCUCUGUCUGCUUAGUGAUAUACACUUUCAGCUGAUUUGGAGGGGGGGCUUUCCCCUGUUUAGGGAAUCUGCUUUGUUGUCAGGCUGCCAGAGAUUGAACCUUACUUCAGAGGAGCUCUUGGAUGAUCUGUCAGUUUUAGCUGUUCUUUCAUGUUUCAGGAAUAGUGCUGGUUUCCAUACUCACUGUUUGCUCCUGAUGUAGGGACAGGGAUGGACAACAUGUUGCCUUCCAGAUGUGGUCAGACUGCAAUUUCCAUCAGUCCUUUUACCAUUGGCUGUGCUGGUUGGGGCUGAUGGGAGUUGCAGUGCAACUUACCUAUAUGGCCCAAAGUUGCUUUCUUUAGUGUGGUAUCCGAAUAGUUCUUCAGAGGAAGUAAAGACUUUGUAAAAAGCUUUCCAUGCUGUCAGCUGCAUAAGGAAGGUCAGACCUCUGUUCUCCCUUUACUGCAGCAUAAUUAUUUCAUUCAGCACAAUAUACUUGCCUUCACCAUCCUUUGCACCAGGUUAUGCUGGCUUUAUCAUCUCUGUUAAUUGCUUCUGUUCUUGUGUUCAUACUGUCUGUGAUGAGAUGCAGCCAACUAGCACCAGAAUGGCAAAUGAGAGCUUAAAUAGUGUGUUAAUAGGCCUCAGUGAAGCAGUCAUUUCAGAUGGUUUGGGAAGGACAAAAAGAGUCCAGUGUAAUUCCAGAUUUUGAUUUUAAAGCUACUUUAAUUGUAUUCUUGCUCUAAUAUUUUUUUUGUCCAAAGAUCUUUACAUCACAACAGGGCUAAUUUUGUAGAAUCUAAUUCACACUAUUAGGGGAAAAGAAAGCACUUCUGUAACUUUGGCCUACACCAGGCAAACUGAUGCAAAUUACAUACUGGGUCUUCUGAGUGCCUUUUUAUCUGCUUUAACUAUUAAAAGCUUUGAAGCACAUAACCUACCAGAAGCUUCUCUGAACCCAUCAGUUGCAGCUCUGUAUCCUUGCCAUUUCUCCCAGUGCGAAACCCAACGUUGUAUUGGACCUUUGGAUUUGCAUCCCAGAUUUAAAUGUGAAUAUUUAUUUCCAACAUGUCCCUCUUCUUUGAUGAUUUCUUUAUCUUUCUGAAUUUGCAUUAAAUGGUUGAGACACCACCUCACAUUUCCAUAAUGUCUUUUCAUAAACGAAUGUGUUAAUAUUGAUAGUAACUAUUUGGUAGCGUUCAACUAUAUAGUACUCAGUUUCAGAUUUAAUUUCUAGAUGUAAAGUUUUGUAAUGGUGCUUUGUACAGUAUGUAUUCUAAUUUUUGCACAUAGGUUCAGUUUCCCUAAACUGAUUUUAUUUUUACCAAAAUGUUGUAUUGUACUAGAGUCCAAAACACUCAAUAUUUUUUUUGUUGGUUAUUGUUUCACAACACUACAUCUAUAACCUCUGGUGCAUUCCAUUGGCUGCAUUAAUGAAAUCAGAGCUUUGCUCCUGUAUCAUACAACAUAAUGUAGUCUGACCCCAUUGCUUCAGACUUUGCAACUGCACCAUAUAGUGAACAGGUGCAAGCCGUAUUUAACACACACAAUUUAUUAGUAAAUUUCUGACUCUGCCAAAUUCUAAUAGCUUUGUCUGUAGCUAAAAACUAUUCUAUCCUUGGUAUGGUUUCCCCCCCUUUUCACAGAUUGACAGAUGUUUUUAGUUGCAUUUCUGUUGUAUUUAUUGCAGAGUGUUUUUAGCAUUGAUAUCCAUUGUAUUUUCACCAAGCUGUUACAUGAGCUUUAACAAUGCAUCUGUAUAAAAUGUUUUUUUUAAGUAUGUACCCAUGCCGAAGUCAAGCAAUAAAAUUUGUAUGCUGUUUGCACUGCCACAGCAUCAAUGGUUUUUAAAAACACAGUUUCCUUCAUGUUUACUUCACAAGCCAGAGCUCUAGAAAAAAGCAAUGCUAGCCUUGGAACCAGUUUUCCACAAGCACUUGGUUCAUUUUUAAUUCUGAGUGUGAAUUCCAAGUCAUUGCCUGUGCUGUGAAAUGGUUUAGGACAACCCUUUUUUUUUCUCUUUUAGCUUUGUUCCUCCAGUUGCGCCCUCCGAUCUUCUUCUCCUGCCUGUGGAGAACUAGGAGAUGGAUUAGCCGGAAGACACAAUUGAUAUAACAUCACAGUGAGAUAUUUAAAAUUAUAGAAGCUGUGUCCAAGUCAAGUCCUACUAAUCUUAGUUCAUAUAUUUCAAAUUGUGAAAAACUAUGAUAAGUAUUGAGGGGAGAU